CAGGUCUCCAAAGGGCUUUUGGAGAGGAGGGGACCGGACACAAUGUUCUCACCUUCACGGUCUAAAACUCCCAACUGGUCCCCACAAAGAUAGCGAACACACACACACGCACCUCCUUCUCUCUCUCCUCUCCUCUCCUCCUCCUCCUCUCUCUCUCUCAGAGUUGUUCAGACUUGAGGGAGGAAUGGCGGCUCCUCGGAGUUUCUUCAUCUCUCUCUCCGGUGUGUUUCUGGUUUUAUAUUCCUCUUGUGGAUCUACGACGUCGGGCAACAAAAGAGCAAACCAGGAGCGAUGCGGGUUCAAGGUGCAGUCUGGUGCAGAUGGAGGUCGCAGGUUGGCCGUCACCCUCAGAGCUGACAACUGUUCAUUAAACUACCCGUUGGGGAAACAUGUGAUUCAUGAGGUCACCAACGUCUCCUUCAGCCAUCUUUCCUGCGAGGAUCAGGCCGCCGUGGUCGUCCACUGGUCUGCAAGUCCGCUAGGAAUCGAACACAUUAAAGGCUUCAGAGUUUAUCUGGAGGACAAGAAUCCAGAAGGGAAACAGUGUCAACAUCUCAUCCUCAAAGACCCUCGACAGCUCAACUUCUCCUACAAGAACACGAAGCUGAGCAGUCAGCCAUUCAGCGGUUUGACCUUUGACACCGACUACAUGGUUCGUGUUGUUCCUUUCCCGACUCUGAUGAAUGAGAGCUUCUUCCCUCCGUCCUUCCUCAGGACCAACUCGUGUGAAGUCCUCCUGGGAUCAGACAACCUGGUUUGUAAACCAUUCUGGAAGCCAAAAACCCUGAACGUGUCUCAGCUGGGGUCGAACCUCCACGUGACGUUCGACCACGCUCCGGCCUCCUUCGGCUUCCACUUCUACUACCUGUACUACAAACUGCGGCAGGACGGACCCUUCAAACUGCAGCGCUGCAAACCAGACGAGAACCAGCCCAGAACUACAUGCAUCCUCCAGGACGUCACUCCAGGGACCUACACUAUAGAGUUGAGAGAUAACAGUAACACGACCAGGAGGCAGACUCAGUACCACGUCAGCCAGGUCCACUCCCCCUGGGCGGGGCCUAUCCGUGCCAUGGCCAUCACAGUGCCUCUGGUCAUCAUGUCCGCCUUUGCCACUCUCUUCACUGUCAUGUGUCGCAAGAAACAGCAAGAAAACAUCUACAGCCAGCUGGACGAGGAGAGCAGUGAGUCGUCCAAUCACAGUGCAGCUUUGAACACGGAGCGGCCAUGGCCCCGCCCCAAAGUAUUCAUCUGUUACUCCAACAGAGACUGUCCCAAACACAUCAGCGUCAUCCAGAGCUUCGCCUACUUCCUGCAGGACUUCUGCAACUGUGAGGUUGUGUUGGACCUGUGGGAACACCUGGAGAUGUGCAGAGAGGGUCAGAUGUCGUGGCUCAGCAGACAGCUGGACGAAGCCAACUUCAUCAUCACCGUCUGUUCCAAAGGCCUACGCUACUACGUGGAGAAGAAGAGCCGCAGAGGGAAGACACCAGUCAGUCGCCGUAGUAACAGCAGCAGCAGCUCUCCGAUUGGUGGAUCAGGUGGUGACCUGUUCAUUGUGGCCGUGGCCAUGAUUGCUGAGAAGCUGCGACUGGCAAAGCAGAGCGGGACUCCGGAGCUGAACCGCUACAUGGCGGUUUACUUCGACUAUUCAACAGAAAACGACAUCCCUACAAUGUUGAGUCUGGCUACCAGGUUUAAGUUGAUGGAUCAGCUGCCUCAGCUCUUCAGUCGGCUCCACUCCAGUCAGUCCAGUUUGGCUGAUCGCGAGUCGCAGCCUCUCAAUGUCUCCAGGAGGAACUACUUCAGAAGUAAGUCCGGACGCUCGCUCUACGUUUCCAUCUGCAACAUGCACCAGCACAUCAGCCAGAACCCCGACUGGUUUGAGAAGCAGCUGGCUCCUUCAGGAGGUAACUCAGCCUCCUCCGGCCCCUCCUUGAAACAUCCUCCUCUCCCUGCUGACCCGGCUCCAAGCCCUCCUCCAAAGUCUCCCUGCGCCUCCUCCUGUUCUCAGCCCGAGCAGAAGUUUGACUCCGGCUUGGUGCUGAAUGAAGUGGUGGUGAAAACACCGUCGCUGGAGGGCAGAAAGGGAGCGCCAAGGAGGAACAUGCUCCUGCUGGCCCCUGGCUCCAGUCCCAGCCUUAACCUAGGCCCCAGCCACAGUCCCAGUCCUGGUCCCUGCCCCAGUCCUGGUCCCUGCCCCAGCCCUGGCCCCUGCCCCAGCCCUGGUCCCUAUCCUAGUCCUGGUCUCUGUCCCAGUCCAGGCCUGCCACAUUGCUCUCUGUCUAUGCUGGGACCCACUUCAAGGUCCACCUCUGGAAUAUCUGGACUGUUACCAGAAGAGUCUUCCUCCUCCUUCUCCUCCUCUUCCUCUGCUCCCUCCAUCCUCCAGGAUGGGGUGUGCCCUGUCCCCGCCCUGGCAGAAGAAGGCCAUCCUUCCCCUCCAGAGCUCCCGCCUCCUCGUGAUUCGGGCAUCUAUGAUUCGUCUGUCCCUUCCUCAGAGCUCUCCAUCCCCCUAAUGGAGGGACUGUCACAUGACCAGGCUGACUCCUCCUCCCUGGCUGACAGCGAAUCGUCUUCUUCUGGGCUGGGUGACGAGGAGCCGCCUGCUGUCACGUCGCUCAGCUGCGGCGCUGCCACAGUUUGUAAAGCUGAGCUGCACCACCAUCACCACCUGGAGCACAGUGACGGACUCGCACCUGUGGCGUCAUUGUAGGGGACACUUCCUGCCGAUCAAAAAAAGGACAAGCCCAGUGAUGUCAUCACCAAAAAUGUAUUGGUCUUGGAUCUGAACCCUUUCUUAAAAGUGCUGCCAGCCAUCGUCGUGGAAACGAAACUGGAAUUGAUUAAAAGGCACUACUGUGGUUCACCUAUGGAAAUGACUGACUUCUAGAACGUUGGUCUGUAGUAACUAUAGUAACCACUGAGUUAAAGAACCCUGGUAAAUAUGGUUACCACUGAGUUUUAGAACACUAGUCGUUGGUGACUAUGGUAACAGCUGUGUCGAGAACACUAGUCCCUAAUAACUAUGGUAACCACUGAGUUCUAGAACACUAAUCUUUGGUAACUGUGGUAACGACUGCGUUUCUAGAACACUGGUCCUUAGUAUUUACGAUAACCACUACAUUCUAGAACAUUAUUCUGCAGAAAUUAUGGUAAACACUGCAUUCUACAACACUGAUCCCUGGUAACCACCGAAGCCCCAGAGUUUUAGAACAGUAGUCCAAGUAACUAUGGUAACCACUGAGUUCAAGAACACUGCUGCCUGGUAACUAUGGUAACCACCGUGUCUAGAACACUAGUCCCUAGUAACUAAGGCGACCCGCUGGUCGCCCUACCUGGAUGAUUUUUGAAGGGCUGGAUCUCCAGACGCUGGCAGAGCGGACCACCAAACCAAAGACUGCCGCAGCACUGUUGAUUGAGUUGAUGUUCGGUACCAAAACAUGAUGUGGAAACAAACUGUUUGUUCAGGCACUUUUUGAUACGGAAACACAGGAAGACACAACGCCAUAAACACGUCCAGAUGUUUCCCGGCAACAACAUCCAACGGGCUCUAAGCACCUUCUGAGAUUCUGUUAUCCACAAAGAUUUUUUUAUCAAGAGCCGCUGAAUGUGUCAUCACCUUAAGGACUCUGAAAAAAUGACAACAUUUCAACUCAGAGGAUAUUUUUUGUAUUAUUCUCAACAUUUAGGACCAAAACCAAGUAAACAGUAAAUACUUUGGGGAAAACCACAUAUUCAUCAAUGAAUGCUGUCUUUUAAAAAGUGCCAUUCAUUUAAUGUGCCUUUUUAUUUUAGGAGGAGCAUUUUCAUUAUAAAGGGGAAUUCCCCCAAAACAGUUAGUAAUAGAACAUUUUAUCAAUAUUCAUUGGAUUUUAAUGAGCGCUGAGUUUUUCCUCUUAUAUGUUUUAACAGCAUACCUUAUUUUAAAAUGUUUUCAACAUAGAAAUGUUUUCUAAAUGUUUGUUGACAAUGACUCAUCGUUGAAGCUGGCUAACCAUAAAUCAUUUAACUGUCAAAGAAUAUUGACAAACUGUUAAAGAACUGUCAAAAAUGUACUAAAACCUGCUAAUGUGAUGUAAUAUGGUGGACGAGCUGUGUGAAUUAGGGUUAAAUUGAAAUUUAGUUUUUAUUGAAUUUUAUUUUCUCUGUAUUUUAAUUCACAAAUCCAGAACAUACAGUACAUUUGAAAUUAAUUUGGCUGGUGGUGCCACUCCUACACCAUAACGUAUUGAAUACCGUGGUUACAUUAAGCUUGUGAUUACAUAUUUUAAAGUACUGAAUAUACAUUUAUAUAUACAUUUAUAGUUAUGUAUUUCUUAAUGCUUUGUAAUCCUUUUCUAACAUUGUUGCGGGAAGCAGCGAUGAUGGAGGCAUUAUGAAAUGUUUUAAGAUUAUUAAUGGAAGUCCAUUCCUGCCAGAACAAGAAAUAGAUACAUGAAAGAUGUCAGAUGAAAUUAUGUCACAUUUUUUAUCUACUAAAUUAAAAUUAUGAGAUAAUAUGUUUGGCCCCUUGAAAGUAAGUCAACAUUCUGAAUUCAAAAUAAUCAGAAAGUAAGUCAGAACUUUUUACUAAGUCAAAAUUAUGACUAUAACUAUAAUUUUGGCUUAAAAAGAAAAUACUUUUAAUUAUCUCAUGAUUGUGACUUAGUAAUUCUUAUUUGAAUAAUUCCUAACUUUUCAUCCUUUGUUUUUUCAUUUCUUGGUGCAAGUGGGCUUCCAUACACGUCUCAGUUAUUGAUCCCAGGAACACAUUUCAUAUCUGACACAUGUAUAAAAAUGACUGUCAGUUAAUAAUUCUUUCAUGAUCAGCCGCUGCGGUCAUUUUGUUCUCUCUUCUGGAUCGAACCAUGAGCUCUGUGUUUAAAGUUUUAUAAAGUCUUAUAUUUUUUGACUCAAAUAUUUGAGUUGCUGCUGAAGGCAGAGCGACGACUUCUGAUUCGUCUGCAGGUUUGAGUUUGUCGGAAGGGAAGAUUCAGCAUUUCCUACUUGUAAAUAUUAUUUUUAUUUUUUCCUGGAAAUGUCUGCUCUGCUUCAAUUUUGUAUAGUUAAACUGUUGUUUUACUAUUAUUUCUACAUUUUCUAGGAAUGUACUGUUUUAUAGUACUUUAAUGUAGGAAAUAGAUAAAUCCAUCUAAUAAAACAUUCCUCUUUUCA